CCUUUCAGCUGUAUAAGUGGUGAAAGGCGACAUAAUCUCCCCAGAACAAGAUCUGGACUGAGAUUGAGAGCCACAAACAACACAGACAGACACACGGCAGAGGGACCUCAAAAAGACCCUGGACCAACAUGUUAAAACCCGAGCAGCACGGUGAGCUCCUGCUACACGACUCCCCGCCAGUCUUCGGGAAGCCGUGGUACUGGCAGCGCAGCAGCAGCACCAUGGAGAGCACCCGCAGCCUGGCGCAGGUCAUCAUGGAGAUGCGCGACGAAAUCAAGAAGCUGGAGGCGGAGAACCGCGAGCUGCGGGGAGACUACGGUCGGCGGUCAUUUGGGGCCAUGCCAGGGGAAGCAAGCACGGUGUCUUCAGGACCAGAGCAGCGAGCGGGAAUGGAGGAAAACCCUUAUGUGAACCUGAGACGAAAUGCGUCUGCGCCGGUCCUGGAGCUGGAGGGACAAUAUAAGGAGAACACUGUCAUGACUGUCCGAAGGUACUCCAUAAGCUCCAACCUGUCUGGGGUGACCAUGAAAGAGGGAAUGACUGACAGGGUGCGGCAGAGUGACUCUGGAUGGGGAAGACUACAAGAGGAAAUCCAGCAUGGGAAUGGCAUCUUUGCUAACUCCGCCAGAGGAGAAGUGGGAAAAGUUACCAACAGGCAUUCCCUGCAGGAAUACGUACACAAAAACAGGGCCAAGGUAAAAACUGUCACAUUCCUUCUACCUGUGGAUGACAUUUACACCAACCGGCCAGUUCUCACCAAGCCCCAGGAGGAGCCUAAAAUCACUGAGUUGGCUUCCAUCACUGAAACUGAUUCUUGAGAGAAGCAGCGGAAGGACUUUUAAAGACUUUGGAUGUGGCCACGGGACAAAAUGUAGACACGAAUUGAGCCUCUUGUGACCUGAAACAGGUUAGCCUCUUCAUCUAGGUCAAUGUAGAUUGGUGCUCUUACUGAGUGAGCCAGCAGACCGAUUUUAUCACACCUGACCACACAAACAGAAGACUCUGGUUACAGGUGUUGUUUUCAUCUAGCCAUGGCAAUCCAGGCCCCUGGUCAACGGUGAUGAGACACGGGCCCCUCUGCAGCGAGGAUCAGAUGUCUGGACUCUUCUCUCAACCCAGGCUGUUGUUUUGGAGUGAGACACACACCUGCAGGUGACGGCCCUUUUACGGACCAUUGUGGUCACUGAUUCUGGCCUCGUGAGCAACACCAGACUCAUUAUUUAUUCAUCCUUGUUCAUUUUCUCAUUGUAAACUGAAAUGCGGCCUGCGUGUGUGUUUAAACACAUGACCUGUUUCUUGACAGUAUUCCCAAAGAGUGUAUUUUUUUAAUCUGAAUCAUUUGCUUUCAUGUAUGGAAGGCUCCUUAUAAAUAAACCAGUGUUUGAAUAUUAAAGUAAAGCACCUUUAACAGUCAUUGUAAGGUAUUACCUGUGACAUAUGCAGUGUUUAUGAACUGUUUUGACAAAUCUUAAGAUCCUCAUUUAUUUUUAUCAUUAUAUUGUACUGUUGUCCUCAUUGUGGGGAGGUUUUCAUAAAAUAAAAAAAAAAACAAGAAUAAUACAGUGGUAUGACAUUAAAGUGUU